GGAUUUGCCUCAAAGGGCACUGCAAAAAUUGAACAGAGGAAUCCCAAGGAAGCUGCCUGAAUUUGCCUGUAUACUCUCGUUCUGCAUCUUAUAAAGGACCAGACAAAUCAAAUUAGUGGUUUUGGUUUCCGCCAGCUGUGGAUGCCUUUGACAUUAUGACCGCAGAGGAUUCCACCGCAGCCAUGAGCAGUGACUCGGCCGCCGGGUCCUCGGCCAAGGUGCCCGAGGGCGUGGCGGGCGCGCCCAACGAGGCAGCGCUGCUGGCGCUGAUGGAGCGCACGGGCUACAGCAUGGUGCAAGAGAACGGGCAGCGCAAGUACGGCGGCCCACCGCCCGGCUGGGAGGGCCCGCACCCGCAGCGCGGCUGCGAGGUCUUCGUGGGCAAGAUCCCGCGCGAUGUGUACGAGGACGAGCUGGUGCCCGUGUUCGAGGCCGUGGGCCGCAUCUACGAGCUGCGCCUCAUGAUGGACUUUGACGGCAAGAACCGCGGCUACGCCUUCGUCAUGUACUGCCACAAGCACGAGGCCAAGCGCGCAGUGCGCGAGCUCAACAACUACGAGAUCCGCCCGGGCCGCCUGCUCGGCGUGUGCUGCAGCGUGGACAACUGCCGCCUCUUCAUCGGCGGGAUCCCCAAGAUGAAGAAGCGCGAGGAAAUCCUGGAGGAGAUCGCCAAGGUCACCGAGGGCGUGCUGGACGUGAUCGUCUACGCCAGCGCGGCCGACAAGAUGAAGAACCGCGGCUUCGCCUUCGUGGAGUACGAAAGCCACCGCGCGGCUGCCAUGGCUCGCCGCAAGCUCAUGCCUGGCCGCAUCCAGCUGUGGGGCCACCAGAUCGCCGUGGACUGGGCCGAGCCCGAGAUCGACGUGGACGAGGACGUGAUGGAGACCGUGAAGAUCCUCUACGUGCGCAACCUCAUGAUCGAGACCACCGAGGACACCAUCAAGAAGAGCUUCGGCCAGUUCAACCCCGGCUGCGUGGAGCGCGUCAAGAAGAUCCGCGACUACGCCUUCGUGCACUUCACCAGCCGCGAGGAUGCCGUGCAUGCCAUGAACAACCUCAACGGCACUGAGCUGGAGGGCUCGUGCCUGGAGGUCACGCUGGCCAAGCCCGUGGACAAGGAGCAGUACUCGCGCUACCAGAAGGCAGCCAGGGGCGGCGGCGCGGCUGAGGCAGCGCAGCAGCCCAGCUACGUGUACUCCUGCGACCCCUACACACUGGCCUACUAUGGCUACCCCUACAACGCGCUCAUCGGGCCCAACAGGGACUACUUUGUGAAAGCAGGCAGCAUAAGAGGCCGAGGGCGAGGUGCAGCUGGCAACAGAGCCCCGGGGCCCAGGGGUUCCUACCUCGGGGGAUAUUCUGCUGGCCGUGGUAUAUAUAGCCGAUAUCAUGAAGGGAAAGGAAAGCAGCAAGAAAAAGGAUAUGAACUUGUGCCGAAUUUGGAAAUCCCUACCGUCAACCCAGUUGCCAUUAAACCUGGUACAGUAGCCAUCCCUGCCAUUGGGGCUCAGUAUUCCAUGUUUCCAGCAGCUCCAGCCCCUAAAAUGAUUGAAGAUGGCAAAAUCCACACAGUGGAGCACAUGAUCAGCCCCAUUGCCGUGCAGCCAGACCCAGCCAGUGCUGCUGCCGCCGCAGCCGCAGCCGCAGCCGCCGCAGCCGCCGUCAUUCCCACUGUGUCGACGCCACCACCUUUCCAGGGCCGCCCAAUAACUCCAGUAUACACGGUGGCUCCAAACAUUCAGAGAAUUCCCACUGCCGGGAUCUACGGGGCCAGUUACGUGCCAUUUGCUGCUCCAGCCACAGCCACGAUCGCCACACUACAGAAGAAUGCGGCAGCCGCGGCCGCCGUGUAUGGAGGAUACGCAGGCUACAUACCUCAGGCCUUCCCUGCUGCUGCCAUUCAGGUCCCCAUCCCCGACGUCUACCAGACAUACUGAGGCUGGUGACCAGCACGAAGACAGACCACACAAACACCACUGAAGGAACGCUUGACUAUUUAUGAAGAAGGAACAUGUUGGAUUCGCACAUGCAACCUGAAAGUGAAGAAUGUUAGCAGAUUUAUUUCUGAAAUAUUUUAUAUACAUGAAGUUUUCACUAGUUUUUUAAGACUAUUUUCAACUUAGCAGGCCUACGUUCAUACAUUUCCAAAAGACUUGCAAUGGUUCGUGCCUUUAUACCAUCUUUUAAAAAUUUGUAUGCUGUACUACAUUUGUAUAGAGGUUUUUGUUGUUGUUGUUGUUGUUGUUUUUUUAAGGAUAUAUUUUCAGUAUGAAGGUUAUUUUCUUCUGCACUCCAGAGAUUUCUAUUUUGUAGUACCUUCAAUAAUAUAUCAACUAUAUAUUAAAAAAAGCACACUUGAGCAGCUAGGGAACUAUUUUGAAAAAUAUAUACAAUAUUUAAAGAUACAAACAGUAGUGCUUUAAAAUACUACAUAAAACAUUAUUUUAAAGGUUAUACUGGAAAGUGCAAUUUUAAAAUGAGUAAAACCUCUGUAUUUCUGCUGGCAUUAAGGGUUGACGGUGUUACCAUGUAUCAUCAUGGCGGUACUAUUUUUUAAAAGAAAUUAAACACUGGAUCUCUCCUUAAGCCAACAUUGAAAAGACUUGCCACACUUCUGAGUCCAAACACUGGAAAGCUCUCCUUUGCCACCAUUAGCCGGGGCUCAUUCUCCAUGUGCCUUAGCCUUAAACAUGCCCCUGCUCCCUGCCAUCUCUCACCCUGUCCCCUCCUCCCCAGAUUCCCAGUCCCACCGCAAUGUUUGGCAAGCCUAGGACUGAUGAAUAGCUCUGAUAGAGGAGCUGGUGGCUUUUAUACUUCUUCCUGGGUUUUUGUUGGGGUUUGUUGUUUUGUUGUUUUUUGUUUUGGUUUGGUUUGGUUGGGGAAGUAUUAUCUUCUAUGUGUGCUAUUUUCAGUAGCAGAGUAAGCACAAGGUUUUAAUCGAGUUGCAUAAGACACCUUUGCAUAGCUAUUUAAUUGCCCAAUAUAAAACUUUAAUGCCAUUUCUAAUGCUUUUAUUCAUUUUUGAAGUAUGAGUUUGUAGGGACAAAGAAUGUAUGUUAUCGUAGACAAGACCCCCAGAGACUCUUGUCAGCAGAAAGUUAUGCUUCUAGUUGCCUUACCAUGUUUCAUGCAAAACUGUCCGUGGUCCUCAAGGGUGUUGGAAACAUUAUGUUUAUUAAAUGGGCCUCUCUUCCUUUGCUGUGCACUUGAUGGGUGAACUGAAUUGGGGUGUGCACAUCCAGGAGGAGGAGGAGAGACCUGUAGAAGUUUAAAGAUAGUUUGUAAAUAUCUUCUAAUGCUUGUUUUUAGUCCUUUUAUGUUGCAGAAGUUCAUGGUAUGUAGUUUAAUGCAAAAUGAAACCAUUUUAUUUCAAUGUUAUUAAAAAGGUUUGUUUUAUUAGGAAGUUAAUGUAUUGUUGCAGUGUUUUGUGCCUGUUUAAAGGCUUUUGUUUAGCAGAGUGAAUGUAAAAUACAGUAAAAUGUUAAGAUUGUCAUCUGCUUUUUAAAAAAAAUAUAUCAACUUGGAAUUUUUUUUAAAGGCUCAAUCAAGGAAGUGAGGUGUGCAAUAAGGUAGCAAGUACGCAGUUGCGUUUUUAUGUCAUGUUAGAGAUCCAUACAAUCUUUCCACUCACGGGAUUUUUGUUGAUGGCUGAAUUCUUGUGGAUUCAUAAGAGGAUCAUGCCCUUAGCAAGUACUUUUGUUUUGUUUUAAAUUAAGAGAUUCCCAAAUGCCUUUUUCCCCCUCAUCUUGAAAUGAGAUGAGUUUUUAUGUGUAAGCAAUAUUUAUUUAACUAUUCUAUAAAAUUAUUGAGUGCCUACUGAGGCCUUUAAGCACCCCUAACAUUCCUUUCCAUCAUUCUUUUAAAUGACAUAAAGUAAUUGUGCAAUGUUCCUGAUGAUGUACCCCACAAGCUGCAUUCAAACUCAAAUCUGUUGGAAUGAGUGACUCAGCAAAAUGUAAUUCGGAUCAGAUCCUCAUCCCCUGACUGUGUAAAAAAAGUACUCUCCUUCUAGUGAAGGAUUGUCACAGAGUUUCACUGGACGAAACUGUGACCCAGUAUUGUUACUGUAUUUUACAUAUGCCUGUAAAUUAUUUGCAAAAAAGAAGAAGGAGGAAGAGGAAGAAAGAAAAGAAAGGAAGGAAGGAAGGAAGGAAGGAAAGAAAGAAAGAAUAAAAAAA